CUGGGCAAAGUACUGAGAACCGGUCGUGCGGUCGCAGCGCCCCGAGAGCCAGUUGGGACACGGCACCCACCACCCGCCCCCCAGACGCCCGGGUCUCCCGUCCACCAUCCGGCGAACGGCAAUCGGCGCCUCAGUGUCCAGCGGCCGGGGCGGGAACUGUCUGCCGCUCGAGGGUGGCGAGGGGACCGGAGGAGCCGAUCGGUGAACGCCCGGCUCCGGGGUCCGGGCGGCGUCCCCAGCGGCAGAGCGCGCAGAGAUUUCCUGUGAGUCACCCCAAAUGUCUUUUCAACGAACUGGAUAAGAGCUGAACCACCUGCCCCUGUGGACUUCAUACUCCUGGCUCCACCGUCUUCUGAUGGCAUUGUGACCGUGCCGAGCCCAAGUUACCCACUGCUUAUGAUGAGUGAUGAGAAGAGCCUGGGUGUGUCCCAAAAGUUGGUGUCACCUUCAAGGAGCACAAGUAGCUGCUCUUCCAAGCAAGGAAGUCGACAGGACAGCUGGGAAGUGGUAGAAGGACUGAGGGGGGAGAUGAGCUGCACCCAGGAGCCCCCUGUGCAGAAAGGAUUUUUGCUGAAGAAGAGGAAAUGGCCCUUAAAAGGUUGGCACAAGAGAUUCUUCUACCUAGACAAAGGAAUCUUGAAAUAUGCCAAGAGCCAAACUGAUAUCGAGAGAGAGAAGCUUCACGGCUGCAUUGAUGUGGGGCUCUCGGUGAUGUCUGUAAAGAAGUCGUCCAAGUGCAUAGACCUCGACACUGAGGAGCACAUUUACCACUUGAAGGUGAAGUCAGAGGAAGUCUUUGAUGAGUGGGUAUCCAAACUCCGCCACCACCGAAUGUAUCGGCAGAAUGAAAUUGCCAUGUUUCCGCAAGAUGUUAAUCACUUUUUCCCAGGGUCCACCGUCACAGACUCUGCCUCUGGGGUGUUUGAUUCCAUUCCCAGUAGGAAGCGCAGCAGUCUAUCAAAGCAGAACUCGUUUCAAACUGGAAGCAAUCUAUCCUUUCCUUGUGCGGGUGAGGCACGAGUUCCCUUCUGGCUGCAGCCUUCAGAGGACAUGCAAAAGUGCUCAAAAGACCUGGCCCACUGCCACACCUAUCUGGUGGAGAUGAGCCAGCUCCUGCAAAGCAUGGAUGUCCUGCAUCGGACGUACUCAGCACCCGCCAUCAAUGCCAUCCAGGGUGGAGCUUUUGAAAGUCCCAAAAAGGAAAAGCGAUUGCACAGGCGGUGGCGGUCCAGAGCUAUUGGCAAAGAUGCUAAAGGAACGCUGCAGGUCCCUAAGCCUUUCUCUGGCCCAAUCAGACUACACUCUUCCAAUCCUAAUUUGUCAACACUAGAUUUUGGAGAAGAGAAAAACUACUCUGAUGGCUCUGAAACCUCGUCAGAGUUUUCUAAGAUGCAGGAGGAUCUUUGUCACGUCGCCCACAAAGUUUACUUCGCUUUAAGGUCGGCUUUUAAUAGCAUCUCUGCGGAGAGAGAGAAGCUGGAGCAGCUGAUGGAGCAGGAUGCCUCCUCCGCCUCCGCCCAGCUCACGGGUCUGAAGCGUGCGCUGUCAGCCGCCCUAGCACAGAACACAGACCUUAAAGAACGCUUACGCAGAAUCCAUGCGGACUCUCUGCUCCUCGAGCCUCCCGCUGUUCCCAAGUCGGUUGACAAUCUGGCAGAGGAAAGCAGCAGAGACGAGAACCGGGCUCUGGCUCACCAGCUGUCUGACGAGAGCAGGCUCUCUAUCACAGACUCCCUUUCCGAGUUUUUCGAUGCCCAGGAAGUGCUGCUGUCUCCAAGCUCUUCGGAAAAUGAGAUUUCUGAUGACAAUUCAUAUGUCAGUGACAUAAGUGAUAAUCUUUCCUUAGACAAUCUCAGUAAUGAUUUUGAUAAUGAAAGACAAACCUUGGGGCCUGUUCUGGAAAGUGGUAGGGAAGCCAAGUCCAAAAGGAGGACCAGCUUGCCAGCGCCCAGCCCCAACACCAGCAACAUCAGCUUGUGGAACAUCCUCCGCAACAACAUAGGGAAGGACCUGUCCAAGGUGGCCAUGCCCGUGGAGCUGAACGAGCCCCUGAACACGCUUCAGCGGCUCUGCGAGGAGCUGGAGUACAGCGAACUGCUGGACAAGGCCGCACGCGUCCCCAACCCCCUGGAGCGGAUGGUGUUCGUGGCAGCCUUUGCCAUAUCUGCUUACGCGUCCAGCUACUUCCGCGCGGGGAGUAAGCCGUUUAACCCGGUCCUCGGAGAAACCUACGAGUGCAUGCGAGAUGACAAGGGCUUUCAGUUCUUUGCAGAACAGGUCAGCCACCAUCCACCUAUAUCUGCUUGUCAUGCUGAGUCUGGAAAUUUUGUUUUCUGGCAAGAUGUGAGAUGGAAAAAUAAAUUCUGGGGCAAAUCUAUGGAAAUUGUCCCGAUUGGCACAACCCAUGUGAUUCUGCCAGCUUUCGGAGAUCAUUUUGAGUGGAACAAGGUGACCUCUUGCAUCCAUAACAUCUUAAGUGGACAGAGGUGGAUCGAGCACUAUGGAGAGAUUGUCAUCAAGAACCUCAAUGAUGACUCCUGCCACUGCAAAGUGAACUUCAUAAAGGCAAAAUACUGGAGCACUAACUCCCACGAGAUCGAGGGAACAGUGUUCGACAGAAGCGGCAAGGCGGUGCACCGGCUCUUUGGGAAAUGGCACGAGAGCAUCUACUGCGGAGGCGCCUCCUCCUCCACAUGCAUCUGGAGGGCGAAUCCCAUGCCGAAAGGCUAUGAGCAAUACUAUGGCUUCACACAGUUUGCAUUAGAGUUAAAUGAAAUGGAUCUAUCAUCGAAGUCUCUAUUACCACCCACUGACACUCGAUUUAGGCCAGAUCAAAGGUUUCUGGAAGAAGGGAACGUGGAAGAAGCUGAGAUACAAAAGCAGAGGAUUGAACAGCUCCAGAGAGAGAGGCGGCGGGUCCUGGAAGAAAAUAACAUGGAGCACCAGCCUCGCUUCUUCAGGAAAGCCAGUGAUGACUCCUGGGUGAGCAACGGCACCUACUUGGAACUCAGGAAAGACCUUGGGUUUUCCAGACUGGAUCAUCCUGUCCUGUGGUGAUAAAUCAAUGCAGGAAGAUACAUUAUUCUUCUCCCAUGUUUGCUUCCAGAAGCAGCACAAACCUGUGUCUUAGUAUUUGAGAUUAUCUAGAAUGAUGAUCACUUGUGCUUAGCUUAGCAAUGUAAGUACGUAGUAUAUAUUUUCUUCAGCGUUUCUUUACAAUUUCAAGUAUUAUCAUGAUUGUUUAUAUGAAUGUAGAACAUCUCUGGAUUUCUUUUUAUAUAUUAAACUAUUUAAUAAAAAUCAAAGAUUGAAUGUUAAUGUGUGGGUUGAAAAAAAAAGCUUUAACACUAAUUUUCUAAAGGUAAGGGAAAAUUUAAAUUAAAUUUAUGCCUUAUAACAUCACGCUGGAGGGAAAGAAAAACAACAAACCAUUUCCCAGGUGCAUUAAGAAACAAGAACUCCCGGGCGCCCACCGUGCGUCAGCUGCCCAAGUCUAACUCAGUAGCUGGGAUAUCUUUUGUCUCCGACAGCUCUUGAGUCCAGACAACAAAAAAAUAAAUAAAUAAAAAAUAAAACUUCCAUUUGCAUUUCAGCAGUGAAGGUGAUGGCUUAAGAUUAGUGGGUGGGUGUCUUUACAUAAGGUGGGUGGGCAUGUCUCCUCUAGAAGGGGAGGCAUUUGUGCUUUUCCCCCACUGGAGUUGCCUUAUAUGAAAAUGGCCCCUUUUGUUCAGAGAAGUGGCACUAAUCAAAGAAAUCUCCAUUAAUUCAGUGUCCUCGUGCAUUGGGGACUUUUCCUUGGUGAAAGUUGAAUCCUUGACAAGUUCAGAAACUUUCCUGCUUUCUAGCCCAAGCCUAGCAGCCUCCCUCUGGCUCAUUUCUGCACAGCAGGGACCGUCUUCACUCAGUACAAAACGUGCAACACACUCCAUGGCAGUGUGAGUUUCUAAACUUCAGCAGAUUUCAAUAUCAUGGUUUUUUCCAUGCUGUUUUGGUAUUUUCUACCUCUUACUAAGCACCGUUGAUCUUGUACAAGAGGUUUGACCGCCUGCCUUACAGACAGAUGUGGGGCAUUGGCUUUUCUUUCUUGUGUUGUCUUCUGAGAAAGCUCCAAGUGUCUUGUUCCUCCCCUCACUUUCGAUCUGUGUGUCGCUCGGUGGGUUCUUCAUCUGUCUAAAUCAAUUAUAAAAAGGGGAAAUGUUGUUCUUUGUAAUGUGUUUCUGCAUAUUACAUGGAUGCAGUAGUUGAAUUGUGUUAUCAAAGCAAUUCCAGCUUCUGCCCAGAUUGCAUUAAAACCAAAGCCUAAUUGUUAAGCCUUUGACUCGAAUAUCCAUAGAAAUUUCAUGAAACAUCAAGUGUAAUGAUGGUGUAAGGAGAUGUCUCUAGAAAGUGUUUUUAGAUAAAGAACUUCAGAGCCUGUGACUGAAGGAUAGCAUGAAGAAUAGGAAAAUGGUGCAUGCAUUUUUUUUUAGUGUCCCACCAAAUAAUCAACUGGAAACCAUUGCAUUUAUAAAAUGGAGAGAAUUUAAGGUGGAACAGUUUGGAGUAUGCAAGGAACUGGCAUUUUUAAAACAACUCAUUCAGCACUGGGAUUCACUUGUUCCAUUUUAAGGAGAUGUCAAAAUGAAUACAAUGUAAAUACCAUUCCCAUUCCUCAGCACUUGAACAGUGCAGUCUGAUUCUCCAGUACAUGCUUUCUUCUUUUCCUCUGCCCGCAUUCAUUCAGAUUCUGCUCACAGACGUGGGGAAGCAGGCAGUAGAUUUAAGGGUGCUCAGGGGAAAAACAAAUCCGAUUUACACAAUGUGAGGAUAAAUGUAGAAUUUUAGCAAUAUUGGCUGUUAAAUAGGCUUGCUCCAGAGGCUGGCUCAAAAGAGAAAAAUGCAACAAAAACAAAAUUUACAGCCUGAAUGGAUAUAGCUCUGCCAUGCAGUGUUUAUAAAUUCUUUAGUUGUCCUGAUGCUGUUAUGUUAUUGAUCUCAUGCUUUACUUUGAAAUCACAAGGACAGCUGGACCAAACAGUGCUGCUGUGGUCACCUAAUUUGAAUGAGAGGAGGGGAAUGAGUAAAGUAUGGUACAGAACCAAAUGCAAAUUUAAAACCUACCAGUCAGUACCAGCAUCUUUAUAAAGGGCUUCUCUGAAAUUUAAACAACUUGAUGGUUUGGCCUGAUAUUUGAGUCUUAAAUGCUACUUUUUCCCCCCUUUCUGUCCUGUCUCUUAUAUUCAUGUCUCCACCAAAUUUGUAUGGCCUUGUUUGAAAAGAAUUGAAGUACAGUUAAAUUCCUCCAAAUAAAUAAUACCAAUCACUCCACCACUUCACGAGCAUGCUUCGGCCUCGUACUGUUUCCUAAUUACUCUGUUUUAAAUUUGUGGUGAACUACACACAGUUUUGGGAAGGGGACCGUGGGCAGGCAUCCUUGCUAUGCCUCAGACGUUCCCUUUGUCACUGACUAUUCCAUCGUGCAGGGCAUCGUUCAGGAACGGUGGAGAGGGGGAGAUUGGUUCCCUCUCCAGACCGCAGAGUGCUCUAAGGCUGGUGUGCCCCUGCCUAAAAGGCGGAAAUACAAGUCUCAAUGUGGCUUCCCCCUGCAGGCCACCGCCCAGAGGCUAGGCUUCUGGUCCUAACUACACCGAUGCAGUUCACUUCCCAGUCACUGGGAAAACUCUGAUACUAACUGAACAGAUGCAGUUCACCUCCCAGACACUGGGAAAACUCUGGUACUAAAUAGAUCGGGGAUGGGGCUCCCUUUAGGACAGCAGUGCAGUUCCUUACCAAGUACCAAGAAUGCCUCAUCAGCCCCCUAGUUUGUGCAUCCCAAGGAUCUCAGUGAGGGAGAAAAAUAUACAAACUGAUUUUUUAAUGUUUACCUGAUGUGGGCUUCUGCAUUUAUCAUAUUCUUCUUUUACUUCCAAUAAGUCAUUUGUUCAGGCUUUUAGCACUGGUCUUCAUCUGUUUUCCAGACUUAUGAUGAAUCAUCUUCAUGUUAUUGUAGAAUUUCCUGUGGUUAUGAAGAGAAGCAAUAAGUUGUUCUUUUGAUUUUAGGAAUAAUUGUAAUGUUUUGGCAUAACUUAUUUCAAUGUCUUUAAUUUUGAUAUUAAAAUCGACAUAAAUCUAUUUUUGCUAGCAGAUCACAGCUAUUUUCAUGUGCUCAAUUUUCUGUAUUGUAUUAAUCUGUUAGUGUCCAUCUUUUCCUGUACUGGAAAUCUACAUAUCCCACAAAUCAUGACAGUCUGAAACACAAACUAUUACCGAAGACUUUGGUUUUAGGGAUAUCCGUGAUCAGAAGUGACCUAGUUUUGUGAUUUAUGAUUAUUGUUCCUGUUAUGCUCAGAGAAUAUUUUUUUUAAAUGGAUACUUGCAAAUCUUCCAUUUAACCAUUUGUAAAACCUAAGUCCCAGCCUUCUACCCAUGUCUAUGUGGCUUUCUAACAAGAUCCUAUUAAUGUGUUUGCCCCUCUUCAUGUAGAUAGUUGACAGUGAAUAAAUAAUAUGG